CCUUUGUCGUCAAGUGCGUUUUACCAACAAAGAUCCCAACAAGAGAGUGGAAGUAAACUUAGCCGGGGCUUUGUGCGGCCCGUGUAGUGACAAGAAGAGAAACAAAACUACCUAUUUGUCGCGCCGGGCCGGCUCCCCCCGCUCUGUGUGCCCACCCAGCGCCGCCUGCACCCGCACAAUGGGCGCGGGGUAAGGUAACGCCGCUGGGCCUGGCCCACUCCCCAGCCCCUGCACUGGAAGUCCCUGCCUCGCUUUGUGUUCUUCAUGGACAGUACUUGGGGGAUGCGUGCUUGCACUGGACACCCCCAUCCUCUGAUGUCGUGGCUAGAGAGCAGCGUUUGGCGUUGUGCGACACGGCCGGUGUGGAACAGGACCCGGGUGGAUGGCCGGGAGAAGGCCACAGCCUCUUCCCGGGCUACGCGUUACGAACUCGGCUAUCUGGCGUUGGCAGGCAGUAGGGUGGGACCCGGCUGAGGGCUCCCCGUUCCCGGGUUCCCCAGGCCCGCGGAGGCUGCGCUGGGCUGGCCUGGACGAGGCGAGCGGUGCACAAGCAGGGCCCCUCACAGCCAGGCGACCCCUCCAUCCCGAAAAGGCACUGGCAAAUAGCAGGGGCCGGAGGGGAGCCAUUCACGCUCCUCUCCCCCCUAUGGCCUCUCCCAGCCCCAAGACAACAUCAACUUAAAAAAAAAAAAAAAAAAAAAAAAAAAAGACGAAGACGACGAAAAGGAGAAAAAAAAAAAAAACCCACACGCAGCAACAAUGCUGUUUAUCCACUUCCUCUAAAAGGCGUGUGUGACCUGUUGCUGGAAGAGGAGAUACAAAGGCUUCCCAGUGGCUGCCUGGGCCGCCUCCGGGCCCGCCUCCCCCGCCGAGCCGUCCCGGCGGCUCGGAGCCCCCGCCCCGUUUCAUGCAAAACCAGGGGUAGAGACUUGUCCUCAGUGGCGGAGCCGCCGCGCGCUGAUUGGCCGGGGCGAACACAUUUAUUCCCUGACAAGCCCCCAUCACAUGGAUGGUUGUCUAUUAACUUGUUCAAAAAAGUAUCAGGAGUUGUCAAGGCAGAGAGAGAGUGUGUGUGUGUUUGCAAAAGGGGGUAAAGUAGUUUGCUGGCUCUUUAAGACUGAGGUGGAGAGAGAGAGAGAGCGGUAGGCAGAGAAAAGGGAAAAAGGAGGAAGAAGUUUUUUAAAAUCAAGGCUCCAGAGGCAAUAAUAGCAGUUAUUAGCAUUAUUAAUCCAUCAGCGAAGAGGAAGAUCCUGAUCUUGAUCCAAGUGUGGUUUUGGGGAGUCCCCCUCCCCCCUUUCCUACCCCUCCCUAGGAGGAAAAAAAAAAAAAAGAAAGUCCGACUUGGGACUUAACUGCGACUACUCCUCGCUUCUCCGCUCAAGGCUGGUUCCAGGCGAAAGUAGUUUGAAUGUACAACAUGAUGGAAACCGAGCUGAAACCUCCCGCCCCCCAACAAACUUCGGGGGGAGGCACAGGCAACUCCAACUCGGCCGCCAACAACCAGAAGAACAGCCCGGACCGGGUCAAGCGCCCGAUGAACGCGUUCAUGGUGUGGUCCCGAGGGCAGCGGCGGAAAAUGGCCCAGGAGAACCCGAAGAUGCACAACUCCGAGAUCAGCAAACGGCUCGGGGCGGAGUGGAAACUUUUAUCCGAGGCGGAAAAGAGACCCUUCAUUGACGAAGCCAAGCGGCUCAGAGCUCUGCACAUGAAGGAGCACCCGGAUUAUAAAUACCGACCCCGGAGGAAAACCAAGACCCUCAUGAAGAAGGAUAAGUACACGUUGCCAGGGGGCUUACUGGCACCGGGCACCAAUACCAUGACGACUGGGGUAGGGGUUGGGGCCACCUUGGGAGCUGGGGUGAACCAGAGGAUGGACAGUUACGCGCACAUGAACGGCUGGACCAACGGAGGCUAUGGGAUGAUGCAAGAGCAGCUCGGCUACCCGCAGCACCCGGGCUUGAACGCGCACAACGCGGCGCAGAUGCAGCCCAUGCACCGCUACGACGUGAGCGCCCUGCAGUACAACUCCAUGACCAGUUCGCAGACUUACAUGAACGGAUCACCUACCUACAGCAUGUCUUACUCCCAGCAAGGAACCCCGGGUAUGGCGCUGGGCUCCAUGGGCUCGGUGGUCAAGACGGAAUCCAGCUCCAGUCCCCCCGUAGUCACUUCCUCGUCUCAUUCAAGGGCUCCUUGCCAAGCUGGGGACCUUCGGGACAUGAUCAGCAUGUAUCUACCAGGUGCUGAAGUACCAGAACCAGCUGCCCCAAGCAGACUUCAUAUGUCCCAACACUACCAGAGUGCACCUGUUCCUGGCACAGCCAUUAAUGGCACACUCCCUCUAUCACAUAUACUUCAUCCUGUUCAAAGAAAAGGAAAAAAAAAAAAAAGGAAAAAAAAAAAGGAAAAUACUGUGUUUGAAAUAUUUUCUUAUGGUUUGUAAUAUUUCUGUAAAUUUAUUGUGAUGAUAUUUUAAGGUUUUUUUUCUUUUUCUUUUUUUUUUUUUUCUCUCGUUUUCCGUAGUUGUAUUUUAAAGAUUCGGCUCUGUAUUAUUUGAAAUCAGUCUGCCGACAGUCCAUGUAUAUAUUUGAACUAAUACCAUCCUUAUAACAGGUACAUAUUCAAGUUAAGUUUUUACUCCAUUAUGCACAGUUUGAGAUAAAUAAAUUUUUGACAUAUGGACACUGAA